UUUUGUUUUUUUUUUUUCUUUCUAAAAACUAUUAAAAGAAUGGCGGAUCCAGUUCUUCAAUCUCCGGAAAACCCUCAUUUCUUCAAGGUUCUUCUUCCAGGCUUCGACUCCAACCUGAACAUUCCUAUGAAGUUUUUCUCUGCAUACAUAGAAGGAAGAUACGAAGGAAAGACAGUGGAGCUAGAAUCCGACGCGUCUGAGAAAAGUUGGAAGGUUGAGAUGGAAGGUCGGAGACUCACCUUCGGCUGGAAAGAGUUCGCCAGCUCACAUGAUCUCCGAAUCGGAGAUGUUAUCAUUUUCAGACACCAAGGAGCUUUGUUGUUCCACGUCGCUUGUUUUGGACCCAGUUGCUGUGAGAUUCAGUAUCGACAGUCUUGCAACGACGACGAUCAUCUUUAUGAUGAUCAGGAAAACCUCAAAAACGAGUCGAUGAAGCAGAGUCUAAAAACAGAAGUAGAGUCUUCACUAGACGAAGACAAAGAUAACAUGGUUAAGUCAUGUAUAAGAAAGCUUCCAAGAAAGAAACAUAAGAGGAUCCCUGAAGCAGAUGCAAAGUCGUUUUCAUCAGAUGAGUUUCGCUUCGUUGCACGUCUAACAGAUUCGAACCUACAAGAGGAUACACUGUUUUUUCCAAAGAAGUUUGCUACGUCCGGUGCUCUGAUUAAAGGAAGUAACAAUAUUGUUCUAAUGAACGAAGUAGCAAAGAAAUGGAGGCUAAUUCUCAAGUUCAGAGAGUCAAGUAGAACGUUUUACAUGAGGGAUGGCUGGAGAAGUUUUGCCAUGAGAAUGGGCUUAAACCUGGAGAUGCCGUCACGUUUGAACUAGAGAGCAACAACUUGAAAACGCCUCUUCUUCGUUUCUCCACUGCAGAAUUUACGAGUGUGUCCACUAAAGACUGCAACAAAUUAGGAAAGAUAAACA